AUGCCAGCGCACGAUGACGAAAGCAGCCAGGAAGACGGAGAGGAGAACUUGCUCGAUGUCAUUGCCAAAAUGCAGGCAAUGGAAGCUGGUGGUAAUGGUACUGUCGAUGAUUCUACUACUAAUGGUAUCACUGUUGGUCUCGACCCUCAAGCUGAAAAGGCUGCGGCCAGGAACAGUGUCGGUGCGGCUCUUUCCACAGGUGAAGAUCCUACAACUAACGGUAUCGCUGUUGGACUGAACCCCCAAACUGAAAAAGCUGCGGCCAGGAACAGUGUUGGUGCCGCUAUUUCCACGGGUGAAGCCCUGCCAAGGGCGGAAAGUUCUAAAGGCGACAAGGUACCGGCUGCGCUGUCUAUGGCUGGCGAUACUAUAGCAGUAGGGGUGCUCAACGUAGAGGAUGGCUGCCCUAAAGAUGAAGGACAGAAGGGCGGAAAGUCAAGCAACGCCAUUCCUAGUGCUCCCACAGAGCAGGACGGCCGACCUUUGGAGAAUGGUAGAGAGAACGUUGGACCUGCCCCAGUACCCUUGCGUCGAGGAACCAACCAUCCAACUUCCAGACCUGGAGCUGUCGCGGUUGGCGGCACUGGUAUCUCUGCUGCUGCUCCUGCUGCUCCGCCCGAGGCAGCCCAAGGUAAUUUCCACCAGCAAGCGCAAACAGUGACCAAUGAUGGUAUCGCACGAGCACGCCUUGUUAACACAGAUGAGGAGGAAAACAGGCAAAACGCUGAUCCUGUGCGGGAAGGGGAUCUCCGAAUGUCAAUUGGGAAUUCCAAAACAGAUGGAAGAGAAGCAUUCAAAGCCAUCUUUUUGAUUUCCAUUGUUGGAUUUAUUGUUCUUGGCCUUGUUCUGGGACUUACAGGAGAGAAAGACGAAGAAACAGUAGCCCCAACAAGUCUUCCCACUUCCGCACCAUCACUUGCUCCUACAGCCUAUUCGGACACCUUGGAUCUCCCUGACUACACACAGGAAGCAAUCUUGGAUGAUUCCAACUCCUCUCAGGCCAGAGCAUACUCCUGGCUGAUGGAGGAUCCAAAUUUAGAGAGCUACCCUGACUGGAGAGUCCUCCAAAGGUUUGCUUUGGCAACUUUCUACUAUUCCACGGGAGGGACAGACUGGACAAUCAAUGACAAUUGGCUGAAUCAUAGCCAGGAUGAAUGCAAGGAUUGGGCUUUUCGGACUGACACAGAUGGUUUUGAUCCAACAACCAGGGAUGACAAGAUCAUAGUGAACUCUCCAUGUGAUGCAAAUGGACGAUAUCAGUAUCUGCUGAUGUCUGGAAACAAUUUGGCUGGUUCUGUUCCACAAGAGGUUGGCCUGUUGUCAAGCUUGCUCAUCUUUGAGUUCUCCAAAAAUGACCUAGGAGGCAGUACUCUACCUUCUGAGAUUGGCUUGCUAACCAAUCUUUUGAGAAUGACGGCUGAUAGAAGCUACCUUGAUGGGACUGUUCCGACAGAGAUUGGACUAAUGACCGGCUUGAUUGAACUUUUCCUGGGCUACAACCCUUUUCCCUCCCCUAUCCCUUCCGAAAUUGCCAACAUUCGGGGACUCAAGAAGAUCAACCUGAACAGAGCAGGAUUCACUGGGACGUUUCCUCCUGAGCUCUACACACUGACCGACAUGCAGGUAUUUAAUGUUCAUGGUCUACUUGGAAUUACAGAAGCCAGCUUGAAGGGCAUCGAGCAAAUGACAGACUUGAUCGGUUUCUCCUGCCACAACUUCCCUCUUAAUGGCACUGCAAUGCCUACAGAACUGGGAUUGCUUACUAAGCUCAUGCACCUCAAUCUUUGGGAUACAGGAUUCACAGGGACGGUCCCUUCAGAGCUGCUUCAUUUGACUGUGUUGGAGCGACUGGAUAUUGAUGACAACAAAUUGACAGGAACCUUCCCUGGGUUUCUGUUGGAGCUUACAACUCUGGAAAUGAUCCUGUACAAUGGAAACUUCUUCACGGGUACCAUUCCAGCUGUUGCCUGGGAAAACAUGACCAAAUUAGAUUAUCUGUUCUUGAGCAACAAUCUGCUGAGCGGCACUAUCCCCACAGAAUUUGGGUUGCUAGAAAGUGCAAGGUACUUGCUCAUGGAACACAAUCUCUUCUCAGGAACAUUACCAACGGAGAUUGGGAAUCUAACCGCUCUCAAGGAGCUGUGGGUCCAUGGGACAGACAUUACAGGCACAGUUCCAACAGAGUAUGAGGAGAUUCCAGAGCUUGAACUUAUUACGUUGUCCAAUACCUUGCUCACUGGCUCCAUUCCCAAUGGCAUCUGUGACAGCUUGAUGGAAGUGACCUGGGGUUGCGAGACCAGAUUCGAUGAAAAGCUCCACAAGGGCAAAUCUUGUGUUGUAUCUCCAGUAACUGUCUGUGUGUUUGUGUUUUAUAUAUCUGUUUUGGUGGCUUGCCCAGGCCUGCUGACAUGGAUGUCAUGGUGUCUGCUCCGUUGGUCAAGUCACUCCUCAUUUUGUUCCUUGAUUUUAAAGAGUUGCUAUCGAAUCCAAUGA